UGAAGGCUGUGCCAACGUACUCCUGAAAAAUAAAAGAAAAACUUUACUCCAGAUGAAUAGAUGCGUCACGCUUCCUGUACAGUGAGAUGUAUUUAACCGUGAAAGGUGAUGCUUCUUUAAUUCCCUGGACGUCCGUGGUUCUCCUGGCCGUCUCAGUGGCAGCAGGAGGUGAGAUGGUGAGUGUUCCCGGAGGAGAGAUGCGCAUGGGCACCGACGAGGCCGACGGCAGGGACGGAGAGUCUCCGAGCAGGCAGGUCCGGCUGCAGCCCUUCCACAUAGACAAGUACCCUGUAACCAACGCUGAGUUCAGGGAUUUUGUGAGAGCAGAGAAGUUUAAAACGGAAGCUGAGAAGUUCGGUUGGAGUUUCGUGUUUCAAGAUUUCGUCUCAGAGGAGCUGAAGAACAAAGUCACGCAGAGGAUCGAGUCUGCCCCCUGGUGGUUGCCCGUGGAAAGAGCGUUUUGGCGACAGCCGGCAGGUCCCGGCAGUGGGAUCCGAGAGCGCCUGGACUUCCCGGUGGUCCAGGUGAGCUGGAAUGACGCCCGGUCCUUCUGCCAGUGGAGCGGGAAGCGGCUGCCCAGCGAGGAGGAGUGGGAGUGGGCGGCCCGCGGCGGGCGGCAAGGUCGCACGUAUCCUUGGGGAAACAAGUUCCAGUCCAACAGAACCAACCUGUGGCAGGGCUCCUUCCCGGAUGGAGACACGGCAGAGGACGGGCACCACGGCGUGGCCCCCGUCACCGCCUUCCCGGCCCAGAACAGCUACGGACUGUUUGACAUGAUGGGCAACACGUGGGAGUGGACGUCCAGCCGCUUCCCAGCAGCCCAGCAGAUGUUUGUGCUGCGCGGCGCCUCCUGGAUCGACACGGCGGAUGGCUCGGCCAAUCACAAGGCUCGCCUCACCACCAGGAUGGGCAACACCCCUGACUCCGCCUCUGACAACCUGGGCUUCAGGUGCGUCUCCAGUGACGGGCGGAGUCAGGAGCUGUAGGAGGAGGAGCCUGGCGUCAGGUGACCACAGACACCAGCGCUUUCUCCUGUGGAGAACUGAGCUGGGAAUAAAACCUCGACACGCUCUCGCUUGUCCGUUCACUUUUAACUUUCGUCAAUACACCUGUGUGCAUUCACGAUGUUGUUCUUCGCGCCGGCCAUUUUGUUUCGGCACGCUACUCCACCCAGAGCUUUUGCCGUAGAGACGGGUUUGGAAAGCUGAAGCGUGCGGCCCGACCAGGAAUCGCCUGCUAUUACUUUUCUCGGACCUAGGUGCCAGAAUUAAUUUCCAAGAUAUUCCAGGUUUCCCAUUGAAAAUCGUCCUCUGUCGUCCUAAAAAACAGAUCAGAGCCAAGUCCUAUCAUUUGCCCGCAGAUCGGCCUCAAAGACCCAGAGAUUUGGCAAAAAUCCAAAAAGUUACAGUGGGCAACUAAGCUGGGUAGAGUGGAGUAGAGGAGGAAAUAAAGUUGGUUUCGCAUUUGGUGGGACGCAGAAACAUGGAAAUCUCCAGUUCUGUAGCCACACUUGUCCUCUCUUGUAAAAUGUGCUCAGAAUUACUGGAGCACUUUCAGAAUUUGCAUGAGAGCCGCCAACGUCUAACAAUCGGCUCCAUUGAAAAUAUCAUUGGAGUUGCACACGAUGUAUCCACAAGCUGUUUAUUCCUAAAUAGCAGCAUCUAGUUUAUUAUUUAGCACCUUCCUCUCUGACUCCAAGGCGCUAAACAUGGCUGAUGGCAGUGACCCUGCUGCACUCUCCUCUUCGCCUCCCUCACCUCUGAGUUCAGCCAUUUAAAUACAAAUGCAAAUCAGCGUGUCAAGUGUAAAUGUUGGAAAAAAUAUUUAUUUUUAUAUAAUAAAAAUAUGUUUUUAUUUGAGCAAAACAGUGUUUUCUUUUCAUAAAUUGUUUCAAAUAUAAUUGAGUAAAUUCAAUCAAAACAAAAUAUCCCCAAAUCAAUUUUUUAAAAGAUUCAUGUUCAGAAAUCCAAACUUGAUAGAUGUUUAAUAAUUAUUUAAUUUUGGUGCUCCACAUCAACUUGUAUCUGAUUUGACUUAUAAUACAGUAAAAUGUAAAAACAUGAAGUGGAUAUUGCAAGAAAAGUCAAGCAAAUACUCAGGAACUGGCUGUUGGAUGUUAUGAACCAGAGGUGGAUGUAAUGUUUCCUUCUUUCAUGAGAAAUAAUGUUGUAUGUUUGCAGCGUUUCCUCUUCUCAUGUCGGCAGAGCUGACUGUGGUGUUGCGUAACAGAUGAACUGCCGCUUCCUCAGCUGUCAGUCGACACCUGCUGUGAGUGACACGCGGUUUGCUUCGUUGUUUCUGGUGUGGGCCAUCGCAGGCUCCGCCUCAGAACGUGUUGCCCCUCUUCAGCGCUCACGGAAGCAGGUUCCCAGAAGCCGCUGGCUCAGGAACGUCCCGCUGCGCUGCCAGGAGAACAUUGUGUUUGACUGUUAUGUAACGGCUGCUGUGUUCUGUCAGAGGUGAGCACGUGAUUCACUCGUUCAUCUCUGCCAUCAGACGAGAA